CCAAGAUGAUAACGGAAGACAAAACUGCAGAGCUGCUCAAAAGGAGAUGAAAGAAUAAUUGUGUUGUUGGUUUUCUGCUCUAUUUGUUGAUUUUUUUUUCUUCGCUCAUUCAGGAAUUAAGUUUAAAAGGAAGAGGAAACCAGCUGUCAACCCACUGAAGAACAUAAAGAAAGGCUAACAUUCUGAACAUUGGGGUGUCCAAAUGGGUCAGCGCUUCACGAAACGCAGACUGGACGGGACAGAGACCUUGUCCCCAGGUCGCUUUUCGGUCAGUGAAGAAGCUCCACCGCACUACUCCUCCUACAGAACCGGCGCUGAGACGGCUAUCAGCAUGGAAACGCCGAACUCCAGGCAGGACAAUAGACGACAUUCCAUAUACAACACCAUGGAUGCCCUGCCGCAUCUCGAGUUUUAUGCCAACGCUACCGCCACGGGCCGCAUCCGGCGCAGCAGGCCAUCGCUGGAGACUCUGCGCAAGGCUGUUGAUGAUGCAGAAUCCGGGAGUAAUAUGGGCGACUCUGGUAGGGGAAGCGUUUCUGCACUACAGGAGAGUGGAAACGAGUCCGAGGAAAACGGACAAGAAGGAAAGACCGCCCAGCCAGUGCGCUUUGGAUGGGUGACUGGGGUUAUGAUUCGCUGCAUGUUGAAUAUCUGGGGAGUCAUUCUGUUCCUGCGAUUGUCCUGGAUCACAUCCCAAGCAGGAAUCCUUCUUACAUGGUUAAUUAUACUGAUGUCAGUCCUUGUGACCUCCAUAACGGCUCUGUCAGUAUCUGCCAUUUCCACCAAUGGAAGAGUCUCUUCUGGUGGCGCAUAUUUCAUGAUCUCCCGUACUCUGGGCCCCGAGUUGGGGGGUCCCAUCGGCGUUGUGUUUUCUUUUGCCAACGCUCUCGCUUGCGCGCUCAACACGGUGGGAUUUUCGGAGACCGUCAGAGAUCUUCUCAUCGAAUAUAACUCCCAAAUUGUGGAUCCAGUCAAUGAUGUCCGAAUUAUAGGAUCCAUCACAGUCACUGUGCUGCUUCUCAUCUCAUUGGCAGGGAUGGAGUGGGAAGCUAAGACUCAGAUCCUGUUCUUCCUGGUUCUUAUGGUGGCUUUCACCAACUACUUUGUUGGCACUGUGAUUCCAGCGACUCCCCAGAAACAGGCCAUAGGUUUCUUCAGUUACCGCAGCGAGAUCUUCUUGGAGAACCUCUUCCCAGACUGGAGAGGGCCGGAUGGUGACUUCUUCCGAAUGUUUGCCAUCUUCUUCCCAUCUGCCAUUGGGAUCCUUGCAGGAGCAAACAUCUCAGGAGACCUGAAGGAGCCUGAGAUUGCCAUCCCAAGAGGGACACUGAUGGCUAUAUUCUGCACCACCAUUAGCUAUUUAGCCAUUUCAUCAACUGCUGGAGCGUGUAUGGUGCGUGACGCCUCCGGGAACAUGAACGACAGCAUGCCGCUGAACUUCACUGAGGGUUGUGAGGGUCUGAGCUGUGGCCUGGGCUGGAACUUCACAGAGUGCAAGCAGAGCGGCACCUGCGCCUAUGGCCUCUCCAACAAUUUCCAGGUACUCAUCCAGGUCUCCGGCUUUGGGCCGCUGAUCUAUGCGGGCAUAUUUGCAGCCACCCUGUCAUCAGCCCUUGCGUUCCUCGUCUCCGCACCCAAAGUCUUCCAGUGUCUCUGUAAAGACAACAUCUACCCGUACAUCGGCUUCUUCGGAAAGGGUUACGGGAAAAACAACGAGCCCCUGCGAGCGUAUCUGCUGUGCUACAUCAUUGCCAUGUGCUUCAUUCUGAUUGCUGAGCUGAACACAAUCGCUCCUCUGAUCUCAAACUUCUUCCUCUGUUCUUACGCUCUCAUCAACUUUAGUUGUUUUCACGCUUCCAUCACUAAUUCACCUGGAUGGAGACCAUCGUGGCGAUAUUUCAGCCCCUGGACGGGUUUGUUUGGUGCUGUUGUUUCUGUCGUACUGAUGUUUUUGCUCACCUGGUGGGCAGCGCUCAUUGCUUUUGGUUUGAUCAUCUUCUUAUUCGGCUAUGUCACCUAUAAGAAACCCGAGGUGAACUGGGGUUCGUCCAUCCAGGCCAGUACCUACAACAUGGCUCUGUCCUACUCCGUGUCACUGGCAGGAAUCGAAGAUCACAUCAAAAACUACAGGCCUCAGUGUCUGGUUCUGACGGGUCCUCCGACUAUGCGUCCAGCACUUGUGGACUUUGUGGGCACUUUCACUAAAAAUAUCAGUUUGAUGAUUUGUGGCGACAUUCUCAUGGAUGAUAAGUCUGUGUCUCAGCGAAAUUCUAAUGACAUGGUAAAGUGGCUCAAUCAGAGGAAGGUUCGUUCCUUCUACACUGCGUUCAAGGCAUCCAGCCUGAGAGACGGAGCCCAGCAUCUUCUACAGGCUUCUGGUUUGGGAAAAUUGAAGCCGAAUUUACUGGUGAUGGGAUUCAAAAUGAACUGGCAGGAAAGCAGCAGUAAAGGCAUAGAAGACUAUAUCAACACCAUAUAUGAUGCUUUCGAUUCCAACCAUGGCGUGUGUGUUCUCCGUAUGAUGGAUGGACUGGACAUCCGAGACGAGUUGGAGACUGAGGUCAAUCAGGCAUUUGAGGUGGACGAGGCCAUAGAGUCCGAUGAUCAGAUUUCAGACGCUGACUCAGACGUCGACAACAUAAAGAACAUGCCGAACAAUCAUAUCAAAACCGUGUUCCAGAGCAAACAAGGGAAGAAGACCAUCGACGUGUACUGGAUCUCUGACGAUGGAGGUUUGACUCUGUUAGUGCCAUACUUGUUGACCAGAAGAAAGCGCUGGAGACGGAGCAGAGUCAGAGUGUUCAUUGUUGGAGAACAGCAAACCAUGGAGGACGACCGUAAAGAAAUGAUGACUUUGCUCCAGCGUUUCCGACUGGACGUUCACGAUGUCAUUGUGAUGACUGACAGCGAACGGCCACCACUUGCCAAAACCAUGAAGCACUUUGAGGAAACGCUCGCCCCCUUCAGGCUGAAUGAGGGACAGCUGGACGAGAGGACGGCGCAGCAGCAGAGGACAGAGUUUCCAUGGAAAGUUACGGACAAAGUGAUGGACGCACUGAGGCUCAAGUCGGAGAGGAAAGUGCGGCUGAAUGAAAUCAUCCGGAGGAAUUCGAAGCAAGCCGCGCUGGUUCUAGUGUCUCUCCCCGUACCGCAGGCAGAUUGUCCUAGUUCUCUCUAUAUGGCCUGGUUGAACACGUUGAGCUGCGGCCUGCACUGUCCCGUCCUGCUCAUACGAGGAAACCAGCAGAAUGUCAUGACCUUCUACUGCCAGUAAAACAGCAACGUGAUCACCUAUCCUGUCUCUUUAAAGCAAGAUACUACACAAAACUAUUUGGCUUGUUUCGUUUCAGAAUAGUGGACGGAAAACAUUCAAAAUACACUUAAGCGCUUAUUUGAACUCUGUCUGUGCCAUUUUCUCAAAAUGAGUUUCUAUCUCCACCUAUAUCUCCACCAAAUUUUACAGUUUUAUUCUUGUUUAUAUUCUGAAGGUUUUACUGAGGGUUUUGUUCAUAUGUAAUUCAUUUGAUUUUGUACAACAUUUUAUUCCUUAAAACCUGUUUAAAUUGAAAUUUUCCUGGCUCUAUUGAAACCCUUAACUCUAAUGUAUCCACAGAAUGAAACAUGAAUUUUGAAUCUGGCUUUAUCUGGUGUUCAGACUAAUCUUUUGGAAAUGUGUGUAUAUAUAAGAUUUCAUAACUGAAGAUAUCAGGGAACUUGUAAUACAAAAAAUAAAUAAAAAUACGAAUAAAUUCUCAAUGUAGUCAAUCAACUGGGAAAAAUUAGUGUUAUCUAUUAGUUAUUUUUUCCCCAACAGAUGUGUAGACUUGCUUGGACAUGUGCAAUUCAUAGAUUUUGUUUGUUGUUUUGCCUUUAAAUAAUCUAAAGUAACUAUAUUUAAUACCACUGUAAAUUUACUUGCAUAAUAUAUUAAGUCUUCAGUUAAAUGUGUUUUGUCUUAUUCUUUUGGCACAUUGAUCCUCUUGCUUAAAGCUCAUUAUAUAUAUUAUUGUAUUUCCAAUUUUUAAUUCUACUGUGACUUCAUGUCUGUGUUAUGGUCUUGUAUGGUGAAUGGGUGAAGUUGCUGUGAAUAAUUUGAAAUGAGAAAUUAUAGAAAUUAGUUGAAGGUUAAUGACAAAUUGAAAUUUGUUCAAUUACUAAUUAUUUUUGAGCUUUGAGAGGGGGCAGCUGCACACAGAAACACACAAACACUCUUUGCAAUCUGUGUUUAUUUCAGCUGUAAUAUAUUCUGUACAUGUUGUGAUGCUUAAUUGUUUCUUUUCAUGUGAUUUAUAAUGUUUUUAUACUUGGUGUAAUGAGACAAUCAAUGAAAGUUGAGAUGUUCGCCAUUGUGCUAAAUUGUAUUUUUCACAUUGAAAAGCAGAUCAAAACAUACUUGUAAUUCGCAAUAAUCUAGUAUUUAUAUGUAGUCAAAAUGUAACUUUCUAAAUUAUUCAUUAUAAUGUUUUGGUCAAUGAAAUGUAAUUUUAAAAAGCAUAAGCAAAUAAACUUAUUUUAUAAUAUU